UCUGUGCCCAGCAUAACAAAUGUCUCAGAUGCCUCCCUGUCUCAGAAAUAUCAGACUUCACCUUCCUAUAUUUUGUAGUGCAAAACAUUCAACAGCGUUGGGCUGGUGUAUGAAGUAGCUGUACUGAUUUUAUGGCACUGAUGUUUUGCGGAUAUUACGUUUUCGUAACAUUACUCCACGAGUUGCAACACCUUCUGCCUCCCUCUCAGUUUUAUGCAGGUAGCAGAGGGUUUGGCGACCUCCUUUUCCAAGGCGGCAGUGCUUCUUUAAGAAAAGGGCCAGCCGACUGACGGAAGGGUCACCCUUAUAAGGGAGGCACCAGGGCAGGCAGAGCUGCUGACAGCUGUGGCGCUCCUUCCUCUUUUGAUCCAUUCACAAACCGUGGGCUCGUCUUCUGUGUCCUCACUGCAGGAGGAAGUAAAGGCAGGAGCAAUGCGUGGGCUAGUCUCUGCGGUACCGACACCGGACCCCUCCAGGCUCAGAGCGCACCAGUAGUGGCACCCCAAUUCACUUCCUAUGCUGACGAAGGCUUCUAGCUCGUCUGCCGUGGAGCUGCAGCAGGAAACUGUUUAUCUCAUGUAAAGCGGUUCAGAAAAAAUUGCUUCUUCUUUCAUGCCCUUUUCUGCUUCACAAUGCUGACGCUCUCAGUCAUUUUGCAAUAAAUAACUGAAUUGACACAAAUAGAUAUCCAAAGAUCAUGGCUUCCAAAGAGGACCUUUACGCUAAAGUGGCUCCUAGGCGAAACAGACAGAGCCGACCCGGGACCAUCAAACAUGGAUCAUCACUGGACGUACUCCUGUCCAUGGGAUUCCCCAAAACCCGAGCACAAAAAGCACUAGUGUCUACUGGAGGAAGAAGUGUACAGGCAGCAUGUGACUGGUUGUUUUCCCACAUAGAUGACCCUUUUUUGGAUGAACCUCUUCCACGGGAAUAUGUUCUCUAUUUACGGCCUACUGGUCCUCUGGCACAGAAACUCUCCGAGUUCUGGCAGCAAUCAAGACUAAUGUGUGGGAAGAACAAGGCUCAUAAUAUCUUCCCUCACAUCACACUGUGCCAGUUUUUCAUGUGUGAGGACAGUAAAAUCGAUAGUCUUUGUGAGGCUCUGCAGAAUACAGUAAUCCGAUGGAAACCAAAAUUCCCUAAUCCGUUGCCUCUGGAACUGUAUACAUCCACCAACUUCAUUGGGCUUUUUGUGGAGGACGAGAUUGCUGAAGUCAUAAAGAAAUUCGCUAUUGAUUUUGCUGCUGAAGCCUUUUCUAAAUCAGAUGCACGGGUGGAGCCUCAUAAGAAACAGCUUCAUGUGACACUGGCUUAUCACUUCCAGCCCAAUAGUCUUCCAGUGCUAGAAAAAUUAGCAGAAAGCAUUGACAUCAAAUUGGGUUGUGAUUGGGUAGCAACCAUAUUUUCUAGGGACAUACGAUUUGCCAACCAUGAGACACUAAGAGUGAACUAUCCAUAUACCCCUCAGAAUGAUGAUGAGCUUGAAUUAACCCCAGGGGACUUUAUUUUCAUGCCCCCUGUUGAACAGACCACCACUAGUGAGGGAUGGAUAUAUGGUACCUCACUAACAACUGGCUGCUCUGGUUUGUUGCCUGAAAACUAUAUUACGAAAGCAGAUGAAUGUGAUACUUGGGUGUUUCAUGGGUCUUAUUCACUUUUAAAUACAUCGUCCAUUGGUCUGAUUGAUGGCACAAAUGGGCGACAACAGGAUGAGCAGGGUCCUGGAGAGCCUCCUCCGCAUACCAUCAUGUGGCAACCCAUUCAGCAGCCUAUACGAAUUACUGCUAAGGCAAGUGCCCAAAAACGAUGCCUGUAUGUAUGCCGGCACGGAGAGAGAAUGGAUGUGGUUUUUGGGAAAUACUGGCUUUCACAGUGUUUUGAUGCUAAAGGUAAAUAUAUGAGGACAAACUUGAAUAUGCCAGCCAGUUUACCUCCAAGAAGUACUGGUUACAGGGAUUAUGACAAGGAUGCACCUAUCACUGUGUUUGGAUCCACGCAGGCAAGGCUUAUAGGUGAAGCACUUUUAGAAAGCAAUACUGCUAUCGACUACAUUUACUGUUCUCCUUCACUGCGUUGUGUACAGACUGCUGCUGGCAUUCUUAAAGGUUUACAGCAAGAAAAUAAGCUGAAGAUGCGAAUAGAGCCUGGUUUGUUUGAGUGGACUAAGUGGGUAUCUGGCAAUGUGUUACCUGCCUGGUUGCCAGUAACAGAGUUAGCCGCUGCAAACUUUGUUGUUGAUACAACCUACAGACCUCAUAUACCAGUCAGCAAACUUGUGGUUUCUGAAUCCUAUGAAACGUACAUCAAUAGAAGUUGUCAAGUUACAAAAGAAAUUUUGAGUGAAUGUAAAAACCAAGGUAGCAAUAUUCUAAUAGUAGCACAUGCUUCAUCGCUUGAGGCCUGUACCCGACAACUUCAGGGACUUCCACCACAGAACUCUAAAGAUUUUAUACAAGUGGUUCGGAAGAUUCCAUACUUGGGGUUCUGCGCCUGUGAAGAAGUAAAUGAAACUGGACUCUGGCAGCUGGUCGACCCACCUAUUCUCCCUCUUACCCAUGGACCAAACCACAGCUUCAACUGGAGGGAGAUUUUACUUCAGUAAUAAAAAGCUAUCAUUCUAAACUCUGGCUAAUUCCCCUUAUCUGAAGAUGCUAUUGCAUAAACUGUGCAGACACAUUAAUACUGCAGUACUGAAACCUGCAGCAGCUGUUACAGAUUAACUUACCUGCAAAAUCAUGCCAAAAAUAAUGCUACUGUCCCCUUGAGUAAUGGUAAUACUUAUACUCUUCCUCAUGAUAUAAACUGAAAGGACCUGCUAACUGUGUCAGAGCUUUACUGAACAUUUCUCCACAAAAUUAAUUGUUUUAAGUAGGUACAUACUGUGACUCGGUAAUGAAUUUAACAAACUUGCAACUUUCAAGCAACUGCUAUGUACUGUUAUUUUAUUUGUUUACACCAUCAUGUAUAUUGUCAACCCGUAUCGAAGGAUGGCUGGAUAAAAGUAGGUGGUACUUAACUGCUCUUAUAAAAAAUAUCUUGGGGGAUACUGUCCACUUCCUUAUGAGAAGAUGGUGAUGUCACAGUGGAGUGCCUUAUGUCACUAAACAGUAUGCAGUGGAACAGAGGGGAUGAUGGGGCAAACUCUGAAUGCAAAAGACCUACCUUUUUAGAAGCAGCGUAGAAUUAUACUUAGACUUUGCCAUUUAGCAAGCUUAAAAAAAAUUACUUUCAGUAAUUCAGGGCUAAUAUAUAGAUUUCGUGUUUAACUGCUAAGCCUAGCCAAAUUGCUUACAAACAGAACAACAUCAACUGUUUGUAUUCUUCCAGGUCUUUAGUGUAACACCUUUAAGGUAGAGCAGUGGCUAACAGUAUUAAUUAACUUAUAAUAUGUAAAAUUAUUCUUCUACCAGGGCUGAAAAAUUUGCUUGCCUCCCUUUCUGCACAGUAACUUACAAUGAUGUUGUCAAAGAGCGGCCUGCAUCAUUUUUCUGUGUUUUGCUCUGUAUUCCUUCUGCACAUUAAAAAAGUAUAGAUUGUACGUCAUCUAUUGUUAAGGAUGAAGCAUCUUUAAAUUAUAAUUGAUAUAUUAAAGUAAUUUUCAUACUUAACUUUACAUACAGCACUGACUUGCUUUCCUUGACAUUGCUUAACUGAGUCCUAUGCAAUAUGUGCCUAAUUAAAGCCUAUUGGCUUUGCACUUUUGACCAUUCUGGAAAAAAAUGUUUUCACACAGCCCCUUUGGCCAAGUAAAAGUGAUAUUAAGCAGUUUUUCAUUUCUUUUUUAAUCAGUAUUCUAGCUAAUAGUCCUAUGGUACUUAUAGCCUGCUAAAGAAAUGAUAUAGUUCUGGUAUAACAGAAGAAGCCCAAAGCCUACUAACUCAGCCGGUCCUUAGUAUUGUAAGGCAUAUUGUUUUCUUAAGUGAAACAUUAUUUCUUCCUUUGUUCUUAAGUUAAAAUGUGGUUUAGACUAGGAGUAAUAUAUACUUGUUUGCACAUAUAAAUGAAAUCUGCACAAUAGCAGUUCUUUAUUGUGUCAUAAAUAAGGCAUGAUAACUACAGGGGCAGGGUGUCUAAUGCUCUGCUUCAUCAAUGGCACAUUAGUAUUUUAGGCAAUCAGUUUGCAGACUAUUAUAAGCCUUGCUAAUAACCAGUGGUCAGAAUCAAACCUGUACCCUGUGUCUCUGAGGUGAAGACUUUAACCAUUAGAACAACCCAAAAUCUCUCUCUGUAUGUGCACACCACUCCAGUCCAGGACUGAUACGUGUGUCAUGACGGCGACAUAGCACUUCAUCUAGUAUGGAAUCUGGAAGGAAAUGCUUUAAUCAGAAGGUGCUGGUAGCUGUAGAUUAAUUUGCUAAAGUAAAAAGAUGUUGAGUGCUACUGUAGCACCUGCUUUGUUACAUCUAGUUGUUGUAUUCACUGAACCCUGAGCCUUGGAUGGAGUUUUCUUGUAUUAAUAGCAAACAUUGUGUUGCAAUUGGGAGAUAUCUCGAAAUAAGCUAAUGGACCUGACCAACUUACCAUUAAACAAAAUUGUGUUAAUAGUGUUUAUCAAAUUUAAUUCCCAGAUUGUAAUUUAAAGCUAUUUAUUUUUGGUUAAAGUCUGUAGCAUUAAUAAUACAAACCAACAUGUAGGAAGAUAAUUUUCUCUACGUGUGUCAACAUAUAAUAGCAGUAACCUGCAUUGGUAUGGAUAUAUUCCAGAUUAUGUAACCAUAGAGUAGCCUGCAUUUGUUUUUACUCCUGAUUAAUUAUAUAGCAUAUUUUAUAUGAUUUAAUUGAUAACGAAUGCAGUUUUUCUUAUUUCAGAGAAAAUUAUGAAUUAUAACUUUGUCUUCCACUUUUUGUAUUGUAAGUUUACCAAAGUGAAAACCUUGUACAGUUAUAUAAUUAACGUCCUAGAAACUGAGUUGGUAUGGAAGUAUGUGCCUGUCUUCCUGUGAGUACAGUGCCAGACAGAACUGAACUGAAGCAUUUUCAUUGAAAUCAAGGGUGUAUGAUUAAUAACUAGUUAAAAUUGCUUUAAAUGGAAAAAAAUAUUUUGCCAACAUUUAAACUAUUUUAAGACAAUUUCCCAAAAUAUUUUAAACAACUUUUAUUUUUUAUGUAUUAACAUUUUUUCUGUGAUCCAAGAUGAUAUAAAAUUAAGAUUAGAUGUAAAGGAUGUCUAAAUUCCAUAAGGGAAUGGAUAACAUAUUUUUAAAGGAAAUGUUCCAUCCCUUUGCAUAUUUUCUACCAGUACAUUGUGCUAAUAUAAGUAUGCAAACUCCGGCAUCGUUGUCUUAAACUCUGUCUCUUAGUUAACAUGAAUACAUUUUAUUUAAAAUAUCUAGCUCUAGUGAUUAGAAUGGUGAACAUACUAAAUAUUACUUUCUUAAAACCUGGGUAUCUUCAGAAUGGUUAUGGCUCUUGAUAUUGCCUCACUUAAGAUAUAGUGUGCAUCCAUUUCCAUUUCGUCUGUUUAAAGUACAAGGGUAAAUUAAU